GCUUUGGCGAGAGAGAGAGAGAGAGAGAGAGAGAGAGAGAGAGAGAGAGAGAGAGAGAGAGGUUGGUGAAGAUCAGUUUGAGUCUCAGCACGGAGAUCUUCUGUCAAUGACAGCGCGUAUAUUCUCCUCUUGAAGAUGCUUGUGCUGAUCGCUGUGUGCGCGCUGUUCAUCGCCGGAGCUACUGGCCGCAACGAGAACGGCAAUUUUUUGGACGACAAAUGGUUGACCGGGAGAUGGGACCAAUUCAGAGAUGAACCAGGGACGUGGAGCCCAGGAAAGCCAUUUGAUCAAGCUCUGGACCCUGCCAAAGAUCCAUGCCUCAAGAUAAAAUGUGGCCGCCAUAAAGUGUGUGUGGCUGAAGAUUACCAAACACCCACCUGUGUCAGUCAAAGCAGGAUGAGUUUUAAGGGCAUGAAUUUGAACGCGGCACUACCAAAAUGCAAGCGAUGUCCAGUUGUGCAUCCCUCACCUGUUUGUGGAACGGAUGGGCACGCUUACUCCACCAAGUGUAAACUAGAAUAUCAAGCCUGCAUCUCCGGAAAGCAGAUUUCUGUCAAGUGUUCAGGACUGUGUCCCUGUCAUUCAGAGAGUCCAGUGGAAAAGAGAGUGUGCGGUAAUGCUGAGAUGACUGAGGUGGUCAGCAGAUUAAGAGACUGGAUCACAGUUCUCCAUGAGACUGGCAAUCCCAGCAAGAAAUUCAAGUUCCAGAAACCAGAAAAGAAGAUAGACACAAGUAAGGUGCCCCUCUGUAAGGACUCUCUGGGCUGGAUGUUCUCCAGACUGGACACAAACUUUGACCUUCAGCUCGACCAACCGGAGCUGUCCAGCCUGAGCUCAGAGAAGAGCGAUGUGUGCACUAAAGCCUUCCUCAGGUCAUGUGACUCAGACAGAAACAGGCUGAUAUCCAGCCAGGAGUGGUGCGCUUGCUUCCAGAGAUAUCAGGAGGCUCCCUGUCAAUCGGAGAUCACCAGUAUCCACAAACAACUAGCUGGCAAGAAAUUACUGGGGCCGUAUGUCCCCUCCUGUGAUGAGGAUGGAUUCUAUAAACCCCACCAGUGUCAUGGCAGCAGUGGGCAGUGCUGGUGUGUCGACCGUUAUGGAAAUGAGGUUGCGGGGUCUCAUACCCAUGGGCCGACUGACUGUGUGGAAUCUUCCGGAGAUUUUGCCAGCGGUGACCCUCUGACAUCAGACGAUGAGGAUGGUGAUGUUUUAAAUGAUGAAGAGGAGAUGGGAGAUGACGAUGAUGAUGAAUACGAACAGGUCGAUGAUGAGGACGGGUACCUGUCGUAAUCUGUUUUUUCUUUUUUCUUUAAAAAAAAUUAAAACUAAGGAACCAAAUAAAAACAGACUUUCGUUUGGUCUAAAAAAAGCACGUUUCUAGGUGACCUUGGCAGAAUACUAACAUUACUAAAGGGUUCAUCUAGCCCAGUGCUGUAUAACAUUUGUACAAAAUUAAUACCGAUAUUCGAUAUCCAUGUUUCAUUUUUCUUCAAGUUUUUAUGUUGGUCCAAAGUGAAUAAGUGUAUUGACAGACCUCGGAAUUCAGUAAUGCAGAAUUCGUCUGGCGUGGGAUUAAUGAGGGUUCGCACUUUUGAACAUGCACACAAACACAUGACACAUUCGAAAUACAUGCGUAAACAUACACACACACAAUCAAAGUUGCCACGUGUAAAUUCUGAUGGUUUUUAAAGCCCCACUGAAAUCAGUUUUUUUCCUUUUAUUAAAAAUAAGUUGGAUGUCAAUAAACUAACAUGCUCCUAAACGCUGACAAAAUUCACAUUCAGAAGAUAUAAGCGUUCGAAACGGACAGUAUGGCAAAUUUCAUGACAUCACGCUACACUUCAGCCUCUCGUCAAAGUUCUUGUCCAAUCAAAUCUGCUUUAGAAUCCGAAGAGUCCCGCCCCCUUCACUAGAGAUGCUGAAGCGGCGUCUCACAAUGAAAACGAAACACUUUUGGUUAUUUUAAAAGGGGGCGGGGCCACUCGAUAUAUCUCACGCUCUCUGCAUUUUUUAGUUGAAAUUACGUCAACACAUCAAAUAAUGCUGCACAUUUCAGUGAGCAUUUAAAAUCAAACAAUCAUAGCAUGAGGGAUUCAUGAUAUAAUCCAGUUUGUCUCCUGAUUGAUGAUUAUCAAUAUGGUAUAAUAUAUCAAAUAAAUAUUUUUUAUACACAUUUGGCUAAUUUUAAAGACAGUUACUGUAAAACCUGUCUGUUUGGUCAGGAUGGUGAAAGCUUAUAAAUGCAGAUGAAUUGUGUAAAAUUUAACAGUAUUUGUUGUGUAGAGGAAAAUCUUGAGCUGAUUUUGAUAUCCAUCAUUAAUAAAUUUGGAAGAUCAACUGGAAAAUACAAAAAAAUGUAUUAGAUGUGACUUCGAUCGAUUAUGAGGGAUGGGGAAAGGGUCAAAUUAAGCUAUAAAAAGUCUCUGGGGGCUGUUCAUAUGCAUAAAUUUUCACAUUAAAAACAGCAAAUGGAUCAGAAUUCUAAUGUCUUUAGAUACAUUUAUAAAAAAAUUACUUUUAAAGUUCAACAUAGGACUGUGUUAACAUGGUUAAGUAUUCUAAUAAACUACCAUUUAAUUACAUAUACAGUAUCAAAAUCUGCAAAGAAAAGAUCACAAAAUGACAACUCAAAGAAACUAUUGUGACAGACAAAGCAUUGAAUUGACAUUACACAAUUCGCCACACAUUUACGUUGACAGACCUAUACGCAUGAUACACUGUAACAAACGGCAGUCAAAAAUGUCUGUCUAGUGUUUGUUUACAUAUAAGGGCAAAUUUAAAUGAACAUACACAACAAACAAUCCCCACACAUGCACACCACACUUACCCUGUGAACCGUUUGGCUGUCGUGGGCAUGAGGUGCCUUUGACGUAACACGGAGGAACACAAGAUGGAGGACGGUCUGAAAAAGUUAGAAUGUAGAACUGCCACAGAGCUUAAAAAUGAGAGGUUUUAACAUCAUGUUCUCUCUGUUGUUUUGGUCUAUAGGAGAAGGUCAACAUGAGUAGUUUAUGUUACUGUAGACAAGAAAUAGUACAGUAGACGCUGCUGUCACCUAUUCUCCUCGUUCCUCUCAGUGCUUUUGCAUUUUUUUGUCUUUUUUCAUGAUGUGCAUAUGAAGAUACAAAUUUCCUUAUAUGGACAUUGUGGUGUUUGAGGAAGCCUGUUAUUCGGUCUAAUGAGUUAAUGAUGAUAAUCAGUUACAGAGGUUUGAGAAACCUUUAUCAGUGUUGUCAUCUGUCCAGCUGUUAUCAUGCAGAUAACACGUUUUUUUUAUGUAUACAUUUAAUUUGCUGAAAUAAAGUUACACAGACCAAAACUGAA